AUGGAUUGUUCUGCAGCGCUCAGAGGAAUGAUGGAGUACAUCGAGCCUAUUUAUUACUACCCGCAGUAUAGCCAGCAUGACUAUUAUCACGAGUGCAAUCGCCCCCCCUUCUCGCCAAGAAGAGCCACUGGUGCUGAAUUUAUUUCGCGCCCCCCGCCUUCGAGACGAUCGCACACGUCAAGCGUACAGGAACACCGCCGUCGGGAGGAACAGCCGUGGGACCAUAUGGCGCAGACAUACGCGUGGGUGCUGGAGCAGGAAAUCGUGGAGAUGGCGAAGAAGAACGAGGAGACCGUGCAGUGGGUACACAAGCAGCAGGAUCGCGACCGCCACCGAGACCGAGGGGCUUUCAGGGUCUUCGGGGAUGUCGGGAACUCGAGGAUAUUCCUGGAGCAGGUUCACAGCAGCGAGUUCGAGGCGGACAUCGGAGGGUCUUUUCAGGACAGUUGGAGGACGACAUUGCGGAGGCAUAGGAACAGGGAGAGGAUGGUCCAGGAAGAAGUGCGACGAAUUCAGGCAUCGAGACUCGAGACAGAGAGAUGCAGGAGGGUAUGCGAGAGACGGAAGUUGGAGGAGGAGGCGCGAGUACGGAUGGAGAACGAACGAGCGAAGGCCCGUCGCGACGAUGCAGAGCGAGAGGCCUGGAAUACGUACGAAGAUCGAUGGACGACUCUUGGGGGCGAUUCAUCAGAACCGCUCUCGUUCCGCGACAUUCCUUGGCCAAUGGUCUACCAACCGCAGGCGGUAGCAGAAAUCACGCCCGGACGGAUUGUGAUGUUCCUAUUGUCCCCACUUCAUUCAGAUACUUUGUCACGGAAAGACCGCAUACGAAAAGCGUUGCGGAGAUGGCAUCCAGAUCGACUAGUGAGAGUACUCGCACGGGUGGCGGAGGAUGAUAAGGCGAAGGUGGAGGAAGGCGUUGGUGUAGUAGUGCGCUGCCUCAACAAUCUGCUGGAACGAGAGAGUUGA